AUGGCCACUAAAAUCUCUGCCAGCAAGCAGAAGAGACUCGACGCCAAGCUCGCCAAGGCUUCCAAGAGCGGAACGCCCGCGGCCUCGUCGGCCGGAACCCCCAGCAUUUCUGCCAACGGCUCGUUUGUGGACGUCCAGGAUGCCCAGGCCGCUAUGCGCAAGCUCGCCGUCGCCACCGACCGUUCCGCCUCUGGUGUGCUCACCUCGGACCCCAAGGGUCGUGACAUCAAGAUUGAGCAGUACACUCUCUCGUUCCACGGUCGUCUCCUCAUUGAGGGUGCCGAGAUCUCGCUCAACUACGGAAACCGUUACGGUGUCCUCGGCGAGAACGGCUCCGGAAAGUCGACCUUCUUCCAGUCGCUCGGUGACCGCGACAUUGAGAUUCCCGAGCACAUUGACAUUUACCUUGUCCGUGGUGCCGCUGAGCCUUCGGACGUGAACGCUCUCGACUACAUUGUCAACGCCGCCAAGGAGAAGGUCGCGCGUCUCGAGCGUUUGGCCGAGGAGAUGGCCGUCGCCGACGACGUCGACGAGGUCGCUCUUGAGAUGAUCUACGAGGAGAUUGAGGAGAUGGACCCCGCCACCUUUGAGGCCAAGGCCGGUGCCAUUCUGUCGGGUCUCGGUUUCACCCAGACCAUGAUGAACAAGCCCACCAAGGACAUGUCUGGUGGUUGGCGUAUGCGUGUCUCGCUUGCCCGUGCCCUGUUCGUCAAGCCCCACCUCCUCAUUCUCGACGAGCCCACCUCGCACUUGGACCUGGGAGCCGUCGUCUGGCUCGAGGCUUACCUUGCCACCUACAACCACAUCCUCAUCCUCACCUCGCACUCGGCCGACUUUAUGGACACUGUCUGCACCAACAUCAUCGACCUUACCCCCAAGAAGAAGCUCACCUACUACGGUGGUAACUACACCACCUACGUCCGCACCAAGGCUGAGAACGAGGUCAACCAGAUGAAGGCCUACCAGAAGCAGCAGGAGGAGAUUGCGCACAUUAAGAAGUUUAUUGCUUCGGCCGGUACCUACGCCAACUUGGUCAAGCAGGCCAAGUCCAAGCAGAAGAUCAUCGACAAGAUGGAGGCCGCUGGUCUCAUCGAGAAGGUCGAGUCUGGCAAGCCCCUGUCGUUCAACUUUGAGGACGUCAAGAAGCUCCCUCCCCCCAUUAUCGCGUUCUCGGACGUUGCCUUCUCGUACUCGGGUGUCAAGAAGGACUUCCUCUACCAGGACCUCUCGUUCGGUAUCGACAUGGACUCGCGUAUUGCCAUUGUCGGUGACAACGGUACCGGAAAGUCGACCCUCCUGAACCUCAUCACCGGUGGCCUCAACCCCGUCGAGGGUUCGGUCAACCGUCACGGUCAGCUCAAGCUCGCCAAGUACUCGCAGCACUCGGCCGACCAGCUCCCUUACGACAAGUCGCCCAUUGAGCACCUCCAGACCCGCUUCCGUGACAAGUUCCCCGACAAGGAGAUCCAGUUCUGGCGCCAGCAGAUUGGCCGCUUCGGUCUUACCGGUGCCCACCAGACCAACCCCAUUGGCCAGCUCUCGGACGGUCUCCGUAACCGUGUCUGCUUCGCCGAGAUUGCGCUUGAGCACCCCCACAUUAUCCUCUUCGAUGAGCCUACCAACCACCUGGACAUGGAGUCUAUCGACUCGCUCGCCUCUGCCAUCAAGCAGUUCGAGGGUGGUGUCGUCAUCGUCUCGCACGACUUCCGUCUUAUUUCGCAGGUCGCCGACGACCUCUGGGAGGUCAAGGACAAGAAGGUCAUCAACCUCACCAAGGACGACGUCACCAUUGUCGACUACAAGCGCUCGCUCCAGAAGCGUUCGCAGGCCCAGAUCGUCAAGGCCCAGCUCCUCUCCAAGACCUCCACCAAGGGUGCCGCCUAA